AAAAAAAAAAAAAAAUGGCGGCGCCCUUGCAAAUGUCACGUUGAUGUCGGUGUUGCUGUUUUACGAAGCGAACCGUAAUUUCUUCUCCAAGAAAUACAUCUCCAAGAUUUUAUACAAAGUGAGUCAAAAUCUUUGAAGUGAGAAAUGAAAUUUUUGGGAUAAGAAAGUUCAUUCCCAUGAUUGAAACAGAACUAUGGUGCAUCUGUCAUCAUUAUUACUGAAAAAGUACCACGGCGGUCAUGUGGUUAUCCGACUGGCACUGGGUGGUGCCACCAACAGACCAUUUUACCGCAUUGUGGCCGCCUACAACAAAAGGGCACGAGAUGGAAAAUAUAUCGAGCAGCUGGGAUCAUACGACCCGCUCCCCAACAUCUACAACGAGAAACUGGUCAGCUUCAACUACGACAGGAUCAAGUACUGGAUUGGAUGUGGAGCUCAUCCUACUAAACCCAUAGCCAAACUUUUAGGACUGGCCGGAUUUUUCCCGUUGCAUCCUAUGACCAUCACAGAGGCAGAACGGAGGAAAGCAGCAGCAGCUCUGAAACAGGAAGUUACACCUCAGGAAGAAAGCGAAGAAGAAAAGCAGGCAGAACAGUAGUGCUUAAUGCCUAAAACAACACAAUGUCUUUCCCAGCAUCAUUUUAGAAGAACUCUGCUCACACACAUGUGAUCUAAUGAGACUGAUGGUCUAAUGGUUUGUUUUUGUUUUGUUUUUUUAUAUCAGUUAAACUAAACUUUGAUUUUUAUUUAGUGCUAAUAAAUGUAAUCACAUUCAAAUAAUCAAAACAUAUUUGUAAGAAUUUUUUUUUUAUGUUUCAUGUUUUUUGCACAUUUUAUUAAGUGAAUUUUAAAAAAAAAGAAUUUUUCCUUUCAAAGACCUCUUAGAUUCAUUGCCAUGUAUCUGAUGAGUUUUAUGCCAAAUAUUCAUGUGCACGAGUCUCACGGGUUCACGUCUCUCUUAUGAAGGGUUUCCUGCAGCUUAAACUGGUGGUUAAUAUAAAUAAUAGAAUGUUUAACAGAAAAUAUUUUCUUUAUCCUAGGCAAGCUCCAUAUUCAGAUCAAAUUGAAAUAGCAAAGAGAGGUGUGGCUGUUAUGACUACGGUGCAAUAAAAAAACGUUUCUAAGAAUAA